UCGACCCAACGACGCGACACCACCACCAUUCGGACCGUUAGACAUGGCUGAUCUGGUCGACUCUAUGCUGGACCUCAUGCGGCGCCUGCCGCCGACCAACGUCCAGGAAAACGUUGCCAAGCUCGUCCGCAUAUGUCCCGAUUACGCGGACGACCUGCUGGGCAGCGUCGACCAGCCGCUGACGCUAAAGACCGAUCGCGCGACGGGGAAGGAGUACCUCGCGUGCGACUACAAUCGCGACGGCGAGAGCUAUAGGUCGCCUUGGUCAAACGAGUACGAUCCACCACUGGACGAUGGCACGGUCCCAUCCCCCAAAUUGCGCAAGCUCGAGAUAACGGCCAACGAGGCGUUCGACACCUACCGCGAGAUGUACUACGAGGGCGGCGUCUCUUCUGUCUUUCUGUGGGAUCUCGACGAUGGAGGGUUUGCUGGUGUCGUGUUACUCAAGAAAGUUUUAAAUCCAUCAGAACCCGGCGACGCUGCAGGUUCUUGGGACUCGAUUCACGUCUUUGAAGCGGCAGAGCGCGGGCGGCAAGCACAUUACAAACUCACGUCGACCAUCAUGCUCCAGCUGACGACCAAGACGGGCGAUGCGGCCGCGUCGAAGGAUGGCCCGAAGACGGCCGGGACAAGAGACGGGGACGUGGUGCUGAGCGGGAGCAUGACGCGUCAAACAGAGCAGGAUUGGCCCCUUCACGAUUCGUCGUCUCAUAUCACCAACACGGGCAAGAUGAUCGAGGAGAUGGAGAUCAAGAUGCGGAAUUUGUUGCAGGAGGUUUACUUCGGCAAAACGAGAGAUGUGGUGUACGAUAUGCGUAGCGUUGAAAGUCUGGAACUGGCGCGGAGACAGCGUGAGCUGCAGAAGGAGUUGGCAGGAUUCAUCAAGCGGUGAUCCGUGGAUACAUCGUGUACUUCAUACAUUCAGAGUCAAUGCUGAGUAACCCGGCAUGGCAUAGUAGAAU